AAUGGCGAUUGUGAUCACGCCACUGCAAAUCAGAUCCGAUUACUUUUAUCAUUUUUGUGUGUAUAAUUAAGCGCUUUAUGGUUCUGAAUACAUAGAUACUACAACCGGCUCGAGUAGUUAUCAACGAAAUGACCUUCUAACUUAACUUCAAUGUGACUUUUAUUAUAAUAAGCAGAUUACACUUUUCGGGAAUUCCUUGACCGCUGUAUCCUGCACCGCACUUUACCAAAAUUCGUCUUUGAGUUAACUUGAAUAAUGGCGCAAAGAUCCGGCGAUAUUGGUCUGAUCGGCUUGGCCGUAAUGGGUCAAAACCUAAUCCUCAACAUGGCUGAUCACGGUUUCACGGUGGUGGCGUACAAUCGAACCGUCCAAAAAGUCCACCAAUUUUUAAACAACGAAGCCAAGGGUAAAUCGAUAGUCGGCGCCGAGUCGAUAUCGGACCUUUGCUCCAAAUUGAAAUCGCCGAGACGUGUCAUGCUGCUGGUGAAGGCGGGCACCGCGGUGGACGACUUUAUCGCUCAAUUAACGCCUCAUCUCGAAAAAGGGGAUAUAAUUAUCGACGGCGGUAACUCGGAGUACACCGACACUCAGCGCCGUUGCAAGCAGCUCAAGGAACGCGGUAUAAGGUACGUCGGUUCCGGGGUUUCGGGUGGCGAGGACGGUGCGAGGUACGGUCCGAGCAUAAUGCCGGGUGGCGAUAAAGAAGCCUGGCCGCACAUUAAGCCGAUCUUUCAAUCGAUCUCCGCCAAAACAGACGGGCAACCUUGCUGCGAUUGGGUUGGGGAGGACGGAGCCGGGCAUUACGUGAAAAUGGUUCAUAACGGUAUCGAAUACGGCGAUAUGCAACUAAUUUGCGAAAUUUACCAUCUCAUGUGCGCCGUCGGCCUAACGCAGGAAGAAAUGGGCGAUAUCUUCGACGAAUGGAACAAGGGAGAAUUGGACAGUUUUCUUAUUGAAAUUACGCGUGACAUUUUCCGAUAUAAGGAUUCCGACGGUACGUAUUUUACUCGCGCAACUGCUUCUAAGCGUUUCCCUUUAGGCAAAUUUCUCCUACCCAAAAUCCGGGAUGCAGCAGGUCAAAAGGGAACCGGUAAAUGGACAGCUAUAUCUGCUCUCAAUUUCGGCGUACCAGUUACACUAAUUGGUGAAGCCGUAUUCAGCCGGUGUUUAUCCGCGCUUAUCGACGAACGCCAAGUUGCCAGUCGGCAUCUUUCAGGGCCCGAGAAGUGCUUCAAAGGAGACAAAUCUCAGUUCGUGGCGGAUUUAAAGCGAGCGUUGUACGCCAGUAAAAUCGUUUCCUACACGCAAGGAUUCAUGUUACUUCGUGAGGCCGCCAAAGCGUACAAUUGGAGUUUGGACUACGGAUCGAUAGCUUUAAUGUGGAGAGGUGGAUGUAUUAUUCGGUCCGUUUUUCUUGGACAGAUUAAGAAGGCGUUCGAUAGCGAUCCUAACCUAAGCUCUUUACUUUUGGCACCUUUCUUCUCGAAUGCUAUCAAAAAUUCCCAAAGUGGAUGGCGAAAUGUCAUUGUUACAGCUGUUGAAUUAGGAGUUCCCACGCCGGCUUUAUCGACCGCCUUGGCAUUCUACGACGGGUACAGAUCUAAACGGCUUCCCGCCAAUCUCCUUCAAGCGCAACGCGAUUAUUUCGGAGCGCAUACUUACGAAUUACUCGGCAAAGAGGGCAAGUUCAUGCAUACAAAUUGGACCGGCCAUGGGGGAAAUGUGUCCGCUUCGACGUACGAUGCUUAAAAAGUUGAGGGUACAGUUAUGCAUUUAAAGAGAUCUAUUUUUGUAUAUUUUUUAUGAUGGUUAGUAAUUCGGCGGGAGGGGGUGGGGGGUCGUUAUAUGUUAAAUGUAUUUAUAAAUAUGAAAAAAGAGGUGAUCUAGAAAAUCGAAAAAAUUGAAUAAAAGGUAAUUUAAAAAGAA